AUGAAGAAAAAGAAGCUCCCAGAGAAGGAAAACGAUGAAGAAGAAAAAGAUGAAUCUAAAAUCGAUUCAUUUUUGCAUCCAAUCGAUGCGUCGUUGACACAUCUCGCCUCGAAAAUCGAACGAGUCUGCUUCCCGUCUUUACGAGCGAGAGAGAUUCUAGGCGAAGAAAAAGAAGCGAGCGAUGGCGUGACGAAAAACCUGUGGCAUUGCGUCAUCGCGUACGUCGUACUCACAUCUCACGCACACACAAACGAGUACUUCGUGAAGAAAAAUUUAGGGGACGUUUUGAUUCAUUUUCGCGUGAACGCGGCGGAUUUCUUCACCGCGUGUCGGACCUUCGCGUGCGUGUGCGCCAAACCGCUGAGGAAGAUUUUGAGGGAGGAAACGAAACAUCCUCUUUUGAAAGGAGAUGAAAGGGACGAGGACGAGGACGAGAGCGAAGACGGAGAUGAAAACGCGAGGAAGAGACAGAAAACCGAGGACAAGAAGGACGACGAGGAUACAAAAACGAAGAAAGCGCCGACGAGAAAAACGAAAUCUCCGAAACUCAACGCGGAUGAUUCCGAGGACUUGGAAAUUGCCGAAAUGAAACGAUUGGAGCAAUUUUUAGGCAUGGAUAAUUUGCGAGCGUCGUUCGCGUUUAGCAAAGUCAUCGCGACAAAGUUCGAGCAGUUUUGUAAGACGCACUUUCGCGUGGACGAAACGUUGGGACGAGCGUAUUGUCGGUUCGCGUGGAACGCGUUUUCGUUGACGAAAGUGAAAUUAGGUACGAGCUUGUUCGAAGACGAGGAUAACGAGGAGGACGGCGACGACAAGAAAGCGAAAGAGAAACCAAAGCUGAUGUUGUCCUCGAGACAUAAAAAGAGGAAAGGCACGUACGCGGAAAAGAAAGAGACGAUUAAAAAAGAAGAGGCCGAAAGAAGAGAGAGCAACAACAAAAAAGUCUCGUCCCAUACCACACACGCGGGAGGAGUACCGAAUUUGUACGAGCAGUUUCACCUUCUCGUCGCGAUUCAAGCGUUCGCGUUAACCAAUGCCCCGGAAACGUGUUUAAGAACGAGCUUGGAAAACAUGCUCUCGAUGACGGAAAAGGAUCCGGAAACCGGCGAGCCUUUGGCGCUGGAAUCUUUGUGUCGAUCGAGCAAGACGAAGCUCGCGAGCUGUCAGAAAAUGUUGAAGAACAUCGAAAAGUUGCACGAAUCUAUUUUGAAAGAGAAGAACACGUUGAGAAAGAAGUAUUUCGAGAAGAAUAAGAAGAAUAAGACGGCGAUGGAGAACGUCAAGUUAGCUUCGGAUAUCUUUGAACGCGAGUACGUGGAAGCGGUGAGAGAGAAAUUCGGAUGUCGCGCAAUCAACGAGAAAUUGUACGUGCCGUUCCUUUUAGCGGAAGAAGAAAUAGAUGAGGAGAAGCAACGAGAGAAAAAUCUUCCCGCGCCGUUUGAUGUGCUCAAAGGCGAUUUGCGAGAACAACCGAUUGGUUUUGCGCGACUGCGAGCCGCAACGCCGAUGCACAAGAAGGAUAAAAGUUUCACGUUUCGAACCGGAUCCGCGGUGGAAGCAGCUGUAGCAGUAGCUACUGCUGCUACUACUACCGCUGCUGCGACGAAUACUACUAACAACAUCGGGGGGACUUUUAUUCCGCCUACGCCGCAAUCGCCGUACGCCGGGUUCAAUAAAACUGUCGCCGGCGUGGCGGUUGAUUAUAACAACGUUCAAAACACGCCGAUUUCAAACGUCAUGUACGGCGUCGAAUGGAUCGAUCGAAUCGUUUCGCCAUCAUCAAACAACGUUGAUAACACGCAGCAAAACGACGAGACUUUACGUUUACUCCGCGAAUGCAUCCGAACAAAGAACAACGACAAAGAUAAACUCCAAGACGCGUACGCGCGCGCCGAGCGUAUGAUUACCAAGUGCAACACGCUCACUCGCGAAGAUGCGUUCACAAAUCUCAACGCCGCUGCGAAGCGAGGCAACGUUUCGAAAUCACUCGAUAACAUCGUCGACAACAGGGCGACGGAUGCCUUGGCCGUGUUCAAAUACUUCUUUCGAGCGAUUUUGAGAGACGAAAUCAAUCGCAUGGAGGCGACGACGACGAUGACGACGACGAACGCAAACACCAUCUCUGAUUCGACGAAGCGUGCGAUAUCGAUGCUCGUGGACUCGAAACGAUUCGUCGAAGUAGUCGUCGCCUUAUCCGUCGAGGUAGUUUCCGUCGCGCGAAACGGAGUCCAUUUGAGCACGAGUAGUGGAAUCUACGACGUCGGUCCAAGUUUCACCGGGAAUGGCGGUAAUCGCGCGAUUACGUUGCGCUUUCCAGCUAUUCCCAACGCGAUUGGUUUAAACGCGUUUGAUGUUUUGAACGGCAUCGAGCCGUUCGUGAGAUCGAGACCGGAAAUGCCGCGAGAAAUUAGAGCGUACUUUGGUCGAAUCGAAGAGUCUAUGUUAGAAAAGUUAAGCUGGAAAAAAGAUUCGAGUUUGUAUCCACUUUUGCGCGUGGCGACGACGAAGAGCGGCGCGAAGAAGAAGAACAUCGGAGAGACCGCUGCGAUUGCUGCCGCUGCUGCUGCUGCUGCUGCAAAGAGCGAAGAUAAUAUUACGAACAACAACAACAACAACGACAACAACGACAUCCACUCAAACAGCGCCAAUCAAAUCGCCGCCGUACUUCUCGGUGGCACGUUAGCAUCCGGGCAAAAAGUCACCAAACCGCUCUCAAAACACCACACAGCGCGAUCGUUAACGCAUAUGCAACAAUUCGAUCGCAAUGUUCUCGGGAAAGGAGGAGGAGGAAGAGGAGGAGACUCGAAUGAUGACUCUCCGAUUGAUGAAGAGAAGAAGAAGGCGUUAGAUGUGGCACAAAUGGCACAUACCGCGUUGCGUUCGCCGCCUCGAACGACGACUAUUAUUGGUAGUGGCCAUAUGAGCGCAUUUUCCCCUUUGAAAACAAGCGCGUUUACGGCGUUUUCAACUCCGGCGAGACGAGCGUCCGAUAACGCGAACAUGGGAUCAUCGUCCUCAGACGUAGAGCGAAUCAGUGGGAUUGCGCACGCGCAACAGCAGCAGUAUAAUCGAGCGGUUUCCUCGCCCGGCGUUGGUGCGAAAAUACCGUUACCGUUACCAGACAAGUACGCCGUAGACGACGACGACGACGAUGAUUUCGAAAUCGACGACGAAAAGCGUCGCGCGAAAGCCUCCUUGGACGUUUUUUUCGCCAAAGUCCUCCGAUUAGCCGCCGUGCGUUUAGCUGAUAUUUGUGCCCGGCUCCACGUCAACCAAGAAGUCACCCGACGCGCGUUCCAAAUCUGCGAAUUCGUCGUGUUUGAAAAAACCUCUCUGCUGUACAAUCGACAUCUCGAUCAAAUCAUCUUGGCGUCCAUCUACGGCGCGUGCAAAAUCGCAUCCAGCGAACAAGAUCGAAACGUGAAAUUCAAAGACAUCGUGUAUCGAUACCACAAACAACCGCAGUGCGUGGAAGAGGUGUUUUGGAGCUGCCCAUUAACGGUGACCAAUCCCGGGUUGGAAGUCGUCAGUCGCGGCGAUAUCAUCGCGUUUUACAACAAGCAGUUUGUCCCGAACGUCAGGCCGUUCAUGUUGCAGUUACGAAAAGGAGGAGGAGGAGGAGCAGGAGGAGGAAAUUCUGACGACGCGCUCACGACAAAAUCGCAAAAGACGACGACGACGACAACAACGACGACAAAAAUGACGUCGACGCCGAAACGACCAAAAGCAGCAGGGACGACGAUGACUGCCAUUCAAAGCACGCCGAACCGAUCUCGAGUUCACUUCGAUUCGGAAGCGUUGCUCAAAUCCCCCAUACGGGAGGUGAAAGGAACCGCAGGCGCCGGGAACGUGUACGUCUCACCAAUGCGUCCGGAGACGAGAGAAAAAGCCUUCGUACACUCAAACAACAGGGGAGGCGUCCACGACGAUGAGAAUACCAACGCCGCUCUUCUUCAUCACACGUUCGCUUCGCCGGCGAGAAGAACCACGGGCGGGGGCAGAAAAUCUCCGUCGGAUACCAAAACCGGGAACAUAAUCGCGCUCGUCGGUCAAAGCGACUUUCACGAAAUCAACGAAACUUUGAGUCAAAAGAGCAAACAAGACUAG